AUUAAAUUGUGUAGUUGAUGAGAUAAUAUUCGUGUGAGGUGUGACAUAAUAGGGGCAUAAAUCCAAAGAACGAAGUUUAGCGUUGAAGUUAAAAACAAAACAAAUAAGAAAGAAAGGAAGAAUGAAUGAAUGAAUGAGGUGGUGAGACGAGGAUUUCGUGGAAUAGCCAUAGCCAUAGCUAACCCUUCUUCUUUGCCGCCGCCGCCUUUCUCACUCUUCUUCUCAUCCUCCUCUUCUUCACUUCUCUCAUCUUCCCCCUCGCUUCACCCUCCCAUGGGGUCCCAACUCCCUGGCCUCGAUUCCCAGGUCGCUGACUGGCCUGCCAACCGCGUCAGGGACACCUUCAUCAGCUUCUUUCAGGCCAAGGAUCACGUUUUCUGGAAGUCCAGUCCUGUUGUUCCUCACAACGAUCCAACCCUCCUGUUCGCCAAUGCCGGGAUGAAUCAAUACAAGCCGAUAUUUUUGGGGACUGCUGAUCCCAAUACUGCCUUGAGUAAGCUGACUCGAGCUUGCAAUACUCAGAAAUGUAUUCGAGCUGGUGGGAAACACAAUGACCUCGACGACGUAGGGAAAGACACUUACCACCACACCUUCUUUGAGAUGCUUGGAAAUUGGUCUUUUGGGGAUUAUUUUAAGAAAGAAGCUAUUGGUUGGGCUUGGGAACUUCUUACUGAGGUUUAUAAACUUCCUACUGAACGGAUUUAUGCUACCUAUUUUGGUGGUGAUGAGAAAGCUGGUCUAGCCCCUGACAACGAAGCCAGAGAUAUAUGGCUCCAAUUUUUACCAUCUGAACGUGUUCUACCAUUUGGCUGUAAAGACAAUUUCUGGGAGAUGGGUGACACUGGUCCAUGCGGACCAUGCACUGAGAUACACUAUGAUAGAAUUGGUAAUCGUGAUGCCGCCUCCCUAGUUAACAACGAUGAUCCUACAUGCAUUGAGAUUUGGAACCUUGUCUUUAUACAGUUCAAUCGGGAAAGUGAUGGCUCACUAAAGCCUUUGCCUGCUAAGCAUGUUGAUACUGGGAUGGGUUUUGAGAGAUUGACUUCUAUACUCCAAAACAAGAUGAGCAAUUAUGAUACUGAUGUUUUCUUACCCAUAUUUGAUGCCAUUCAAAAGACAACUGGGGCUCGACCAUAUAGUGGGAAAGUUGGAGCAGAAGAUGUAGACAAAAUUGACAUGGCAUACAGAGUUGUGGCGGAUCACAUAAGAACACUUUCUUUUGCCAUAGCUGAUGGCUCUUGCCCUGGCAAUGAGGGUCGUGAAUAUGUUCUUAGGCGUAUUCUUCGACGAGCUGUUCGUUAUGGAAGUGAGGUUCUCAAAGCGCAAGAAGGAUUUUUUCAUGGGCUUGUAGACAUUCUUGUGAAAGUAAUGGGUGAUGUAUUUCCAGAGCUAAAACAACAUGAAGUGCGCAUUAGGGAGAUCAUUGCUGACGAGGAAGCUAGUUUUGGGAAGACCUUACUUAAGGGAAUUGAGAAGUUUAAGAAAGCUGCUCAGGAUGUAGAAGGGAAGACAUUAAGUGGACAGGAUGCUUUUGUCUUGUGGGACACAUUUGGUUUCCCACUAGAUUUGACUCAGUUAAUGGCAGAAGAAAGGGGCUUACAAGUUAAUGUUGAUGGUUUUAAUAAAGCCAUGGAUGAGGCAAGGGAAAGAUCAAGAAAUGCUCAAAAUAAGCAAUCUGGUGGUGCUAUAGUUAUGGAUGCUGAUGCUACUGCAGCGUUGCAUCACAGGGGGAUUGCAGCAACAGAUGAUAGCUUCAAAUUUACUUGGUUCAAGGACCACAAGACUACAGUAAAAGCAAUUUAUACGGGUUCUGAAUUUGUUGAUAGUGUUUCUGCGGAUGUCGAAGUUGGUAUAGUUUUAAGCUCGACAAGUUUCUAUGCCGAGCAAGGUGGUCAGAUUUUUGAUACUGGAGUACUUGAAGGUUCCUUUGGGUCAUUUCAAGUUGUUAAUGUUCAAAUAUUUGGAGGAUUCAUCCUUCAUAUUGGUUAUUGCUCUGGAAAGAAUGGCAGAUUGUCUGUAGGGGACGAAUCAAUUUGCAAGGUUGACUAUGAAAGACGUAAGUUAAUAGCUCCAAAUCAUACCUGCACACACAUGCUGAACUUUGCAUUGAGGGAAGUACUUGGGAAUCAUGUUGACCAGAAGGGUUCUAUUGUUCUUCCCGAAAAGCUUAGGUUUGAUUUUUCUCAUGGGAAGCCAGUAGAUCCUAAUGAUUUGAGAAAAAUUGAGAAUAUUGUGAAUGAACAAAUUGAAGCAAAAUUAGAUGUCUUUUCAAAGGAGGUUAAUCUGGCAGAUGCUAAGCGCAUCAAUAGUUUGCGAGCAGUUUUUGGAGAAGUCUACCCAGAUCCAGUUAGAGUGGUUGCCAUUGGGAAGAAAGUUGAUGACCUUCUGGCUGACCCAGAAAAUGAUGAAUGGUCCUCAAUUUCUGCAGAACUUUGUGGAGGGACCCAUAUAUCAAAUACAAAAGAAGCCAAGGCUUUUGCACUUCUAUCUGAGGAGGGAAUUGCUAAAGGGAUCAGAAGAAUAACUGCUGUUACAACUGAUAUGGCUUCUGAAGCAAGAGACUUAGCCAACUCACUUGAGAAGGAAGUAGAUGAUGCAUCCAGGGAAGAAGGCAGCUCGCUGGAAAAGGUAGUGGCAUCUUUGAAAAAUCGUGUGGAUUCUGCACCGAUCCCAGCUGCUAAGAAAGCUGAUAUUAGGACCAAGAUUGCCCUGCUUCAGAGUCAAGUGAGAAAAGCACAGAAGAAGAUCGCUGAACAAAAUUUACAGAAAGCUAUCGAGGUUACGAUUAUGUUUGCUGAGAAUGCAUUGUCAGAGGGAAAGACAUACUGUAUAUGCAAUGUCGAUGUUGGCUUGGAUGUAACUGCAGUUCGUGAAGCAGUCUCAAAAGUUAUGAAGGACAAGGGGAUAUCUGCAAUGGUAUUCAGCACAGAUGAAACCACAAAUAAAGCUGUGGUGUGCGCGGGAGUUCCCGAGAAAGGAGACAAAAGUAAGCUAUUGGAGGUGACAGACUGGUUGGCGGCAGCUUUGGAGCCCCUUAAAGGAAGGUGCGGCAAGGGAAAAGGUGGUCUUGCUACUGGCCAGGGAACAGAUGCAUCACAUGUACAAGAGGCCAUGUCUCUUGCAGCAUCAUUUGCAGGGAUGAAAUUGAAAUGAGGAACGCCAUGGCACACGACCUUUUUCUUUUCGGAACAAACAAUAGGGGGUUGUCUCUAGGCUGGACUGGCCUAUAGGAAUUGGUGAGGAAAUUCCCAUGAUAAUUUAUUUGAGAAGCAUUGUCUUCAAUUGACAUAGGUGUUUUUUUGUUGAAGUACAACAAUAAUAUUAGAGAUACAAGAGCUAUUUCAUUGUUAAAUUUAUAAAUUAUACCAUUAUUGAACAAAAUGUAACUUAUUUACAUAAUGAUGAUGGUCUGUUGAUUUUCUCUAA